GCACCACGUGUCAAGCAGCACUGACCAGCAGUGGGUCGAGCAUCCAUCAGCUGAGACUGUAGGGUUGGGAGGGGGAGACAGAACAGCGCUGACUGCAAUUAAGCAGCAGAACUCAUAUCAGAACACACACAGCACAGGAUUUGCACCAUCUCAGAGGAUCUCUUCUCAACCUCAGAUCCUGCUGCCUUUUAGCAGUUGCCAGCCAUGACGAACACUGUAUUUGGGAACAACACUGACCGCUGGGUCUGUCCAAAUGAUCGCCAGCUCACUCUCAGAUCAAAUGAGAAGGAACAACUCGGGACCGGCUGGUCAGUCCACACCAACAAAACAGAGAAGCAGCGAAAAAAUGAGGAGCUGACUGAAGAGGAAAAGGAAAUUAUCAACAGGGUGAUUGCCCGUGCAGAGAAGAUGGAAGAGAUGGAGCAGGAGCGAAUUCGGCGUCUUGUGGAUCGUUUGGACAACAUGCGAAAGAACGUUUUGGGUGAUGGCCUAUCUCGCUGCAUCUUGUGUGGGGAGCAACUGGGGCUGCUGGGGUCACACGCUGUAGUGUGUGAAGACUGUAAGAAGAAUGUCUGCACCAAGUGUGGGAUUGAAGCAUCCAAACGUCCUCAGACGCUGUGGCUGUGUAAGAUCUGCAGUGAGCAACGAGAGGUCUGGAAACGCUCCGGUGCUUGGUUUUUUAAAGGUUUGCCCAAACAGGUGUUGCCAGAACCCAUGCCGAUUAACAAACAGAAUCUGGAAUUGGCGAAGGGAGAACAUCCUACACAGAUACCACCAGGUCCAGAGCAGAAAACUUCUCACAAGAUCACAAGAGGUCAAGCAGAGGGUGCUGUCGCUGCUGAGCAGGCCUCUUAUGGCAGUGAUGUUGGGUCUGUGCCUACUGGACGAGCUCCAGCCAGUUCCGUUGCAUCAGGACGCAGACCACCAGAGUCGCAAAUGGCAGCAGGUAGUGAACAUGGUGAAAGUGAGAGUCAGGGCGGGUACAGUGGUGACAUGGAGAGUGACACCAAUAGGAGCCCAGGAGGUGGACGACGCAAUGUUUCAGCUCCGGGUUCACGUCCUCCCUCAGCUUUACACCAAACUAACCCUGCACAGCCAUUUCAAGCAGGUGUGUCUGGAACCUAUAGACCAGGUCAGGGAGUGACUCCCAGAUAUCCUGAACAAAUGUCAAUGGUAGGGUCUCCAUCCUUGUCACAUUCUGUGACCAACCAACCCACCCCAUCAUCAGAUGCAAGUUAUACCCUAGUGAAGGAGGAGAGAGCUGUCCGCCACCAUCCACCAUAUACAGCAUCAAGUACAGCCUCAGCACUGCCUCCUUCCACACAACAGCAGGAGAAUGAAGAUGAAGAUCCUUAUGACUCAGAUGAAGCCACUACAUUGGGAGCACUGGAGUUCAGUCUAAUAUAUGACCAGGUCAACAAUGCUUUGCACUGCACCAUCAUAAAAGCAAAGGGACUGAAACCAAUGGACUCCAAUGGCUUGGCUGAUCCAUAUGUGAAAAUACAUCUCCUGCCUGGAGCCAGCAAGUCAAAUAAGCUGCGCACGAAAACACUGCGCAACACCCGAAACCCUGUGUGGAAUGAACGGCUAACAUACCAUGGAAUCACUGAGGAUGAUAUGCAGAGAAAAACUCUCAGGAUCUCAGUCCUGGAUGAAGAUAAGUUUGGUCACAAUGAAUUCAUCGGGGAGACCAGAGUUUCUCUGAAAAAACUUAAACCCAAUCAAGCAAAGAACUUCAACAUCUGUUUGGAAAGAGUGGUACCAGUAAAACGAGGUUCAACAGUUGGAUCAACACGAGGAAUGUCACUUUAUGAGGAUGAGGCUGAUCAUAGUGUUGAUACUGAAGAGAGAGGCCGGAUUCUUGUCUCCCUCCUAUACAGCAGCCAGCAGGGAGGCCUGAUUGUAGGAAUUGUACGUUGCGUUCAUUUAGCUGCCAUGGAUGCCAAUGGAUACUCUGAUCCUUUCGUCAAAAUCUGUCUCAAGCCUGACAUGGGAAAAAAGGCCAAGCAAAAGACUCAGAUCAAGAAGAAGACACUGAACCCUGAAUUUAAUGAGGAAUUCUUCUAUGAUAUUAAACAUAAUGACCUGGCGAAGAAAACUCUGGAACUUUCAGUGUGGGACUACGACAUUGGCAAAGCCAAUGAUUAUAUUGGCAGUAUUAUAAUGGGCAUUAACGCUAAAGGUGACUGCUUAAAGCACUGGUAUGAGUGCCUGAAGAACAAGGAUAAGAAGAUUGAACGCUGGCAUACGCUAUACAAUGCGAAUCCCAUUCCCAGUGACUGAUCUGCAUCCUUAUCAGAGCCGACAUUGAGUUUGUGCCAUCAAAUUUGGCCACUUCCUUCUUCCUUCAUCCAUCCUAUUUUCUUUCAUUUGAAAAUACUUUGAUGAGGGGACACCAUCUCUGUGAAAAGUGUUUAAUCAACAUUUGUCCUGUGCUUAGUACAAAAUAUAUAUUACAAUCACCUUGGAACACAUCACUGCACCAUACAUGCAAAACAUCACUGUGAGGAAAAUGGUGCAUGAUUACUCUGGCAUUACGUCUUACCCUCACCUCCUUAAAAGUCACUAAACAAUAUUCUGGGAAGACCUAGUCACAUUAAACUAAGACAUAAGUUUGCCUCUCUUUACUUCCUAGUAGCAGUUGGCCUUUCUUUGACAAAUGUUAUCUAAUUAGGCCCAGCUGAACUAUUCAUUGUGAUGGACGAACGCAAAGUUUCAUCGACAUUGUGGCAUUGGCAGGUUACCAGGUUCUAGGUAGUGGGGUGCAUCAGAGAUCCAGGACCCUAGUUGGCCACUGUGCCCUAGGCUGGGACCAGGAACAUGACCAGGGCGUGUGGGUUCUGUUCCUAUCCCUACAUUUUACAAUGUACAGGUGGCUGUGCCAGGGAAGGUGAUUAGCUGAAAACUGCAUGCAGCAACCAUUAACGUCAACCCUACUAUCUUUUAUGAUCAAUCUUUGCACUCAUCUAUACUUAGCAGGCUCAAACUUACCAACAGUUCAACUGCAGUGGAAUCUGGAUCUUGGGACAGACUGUGUAUCCAUAGGUUUCCUACCCUUUUAAAUUGGACUUCUCACUUCUACCACAGUAGGAAAUAUUUUGAGCCCUCGUCUGGUGCUUUCUGGAGAUGUUGGUGUUUUAGGAAAUUCAGCAGGCCCCUACAGCUUAGAAAAGAAUUGUAAUCUGAGAAGACUGACUACAUGACUUUCCUUUCUAUGUUAACCUGUUUCAGUUCUCCAACUUUUUUUUUGAAACAGUAAGCUGUCAUACCAAUGUCCAGCUCCUCAAUGAACAUGAACCUCUGUUGCAUCGCUAGAUCGAGGGCACAGCCUUCGAGUAAAGGGAAGACCCUUUAUAACAGAGAUGAAGAGAAACUUUUUCAGCCAGAGAGUG